AUGCGGUUCAACAUUGCCUACGCCUGCGCCUUCUUGUCCAUCACCACCCCAUUUGUGGCUGCUGUAAAAUGGAAUGACCAGAAAAACGACAAAGUGUACGCAUAUGCUGCAUCAGCCUGCUUCGUUGGAUCCACGAUUUGCAGUGCUGUUGGCCAAGUUGCUGUUGGUCGAACGCUUACGGCCGCCUCAAUUUGCUGCACUGUUGUCGGUACUACAGCAACUGCCGACCGAAAUAAAGAAUUUGAAGAGACAAAGAAAAGGGUUGGUGCGGCUGCUACACUUGUCAAAACAAAAGCCGGGGAGUAUACAGAUAAGACGGGAAAGUUCAUUGUCGAUUGCAAGGACAAGGUUUGCAAGCUGGUUGCCAAGGGGAAAGGGCCCAUCCUCCCCAGGAGGACAAAUGACAGCAUCCGCAAGCGCAGGGACUCUCGACGCAACGAGAGACGCAGCGGAUACAGCAAGAUGAAGCGUUCCGCAGACAUGCAGGUUCGGAGCCCCAAGCCAAUGACCAUGGAUUAUUAG